AUGAGUGCUCCUCCGCCCAAAAAUACGAAUGGACCCCCUAAACGAAAGCCAAAUCCUCUGCGCCCAAUGCGCCCGCGCCCGAAGCCUCGCCCCAUCCCCUCCGAUGCCGUCAAACGGCCAGGGCAGAAGCCAUCGCCAGGGCCAGCAGCCGCUGGUUCGUCGGGGCCAACCAUAACGAAUGGCAGCAAGCAGAGUCUCGAGGAGCUGCGCAAAAUGUAUGGCGGCUGGUCCGAGCCCCCGCCAUCAUAUCCAUACACCGACAUCCCAAUCAUGACAACCAAGAAGGCUCUGCUUGAAGGGAUUCGUUACCAUCUUAUGAGACUCUCCUCCACCAAAGCUGAUGGGCGACCCAUCGACCCGACAGACCAGGAGGAGUUUGCCAGGCCCGUUACCCUCCACCGGCGAGACGCUCGCUUGCCGCCUCCGGGGAGAGUAGUCAAGGAAGAAGCACUCCAGCGUCCUCCUGUCGAUGAGCAAGAAAAAGAGAGACUAGCGCAGAUCAAAGCUGAAAAGGAGGCACAACGCGCCAUCAACCAAGCCAAAAUCGCACCUGUCGCCAAAGAGGUUGUGCCUAAGAAACCAAAGAAGCAAAAGGAAGAGCGAACAGUGUUCAACAGAGGCCCCCGUACCGCUGCAGCAAAGAAAGAAUCCGAUCUGCGUUACGAAGAGGCAUUACCAUGGCACCUUGAGGAUGUGGACGGUAAAAAUGUAUGGGUUGGGUCUUACGUUGCUGCUCUCUCAGAGUCCAGCGUGGCGUUUGUCAUAGAUCAAUCCGUCUUCCGCAUGGUACCUCUGGAGAAGUGGUAUCGCUUCACAGCAAAGCCGCAUUUUCAAGCGUUUACUAUUGACCAGGCUGAAGAGUACAUGAACAGAAAGAUUGAUGUUGGCCGAUGGGUCAUGAAGGACGAGGAAAAGAAGAAUGGCCAGCAAGACCUGGAAGCUACACGACGAAUGCUGUAUGGCUCAGGGAUGAUCAAAACUGAGAGUGACACUUUCAAAGCAGCAUCCCGUGCCGAAAAGAUGGAACACGAUGAGAUCGACAUGUCUGGAGACGAGUUUCAGGAUGACGAUGAAGCGCCGAUGUUUGAACGGAAUGACGACGAGGAUACCAAAGAUUCCAAGGAGAGAAUCCGUCGCGAACAGCUUGGUGCCAACCUGUUUGGCGAUGGUGAUGAAGGCAGAGUCGACCAAGAGCUCCGGCAACAGCUAAAAGAAGAGCUGGAGCGUCAAAAGUUUGGCAAGGCUACUCGAAAGGCGCUGAUAAAGAGAGAUCGCGAAGAUAUCUACGAAAGCGACAAUUCUGAGGACAAUCCUUGGAGCAGCUCUUCUGACGAAGACUCUUCAGAUGAAGAAAACGAAGAGAAGAAGGAAGACGACAAGAAAGAGAGUGAAAACAAAGAUGACAAGGAUGACAAGGGUAAGGGCAAGGCAUCGGGUGCGCAGGGCUCUACCACACCGCAAGAAAAACAAAAACACGGAGACAAAAAAAGCAAGUCUCUCAAGCGUGCAGGAUCUCCUGCGCUAUCCGAAUCUAGUGGAAACGAGUCAUCGCGGAAGAAGAUGAAGAAAUCUGUCGUCACCGCACCCGGGAGCCGCGCCGGAACACCUAUCCCUGGCGCUGCGCGCAAGAAAAAGCUCGGCGCAGGAUCUACGAGUGAUGGCGAAGCCACGGCCGGCGAAAUGUCAGACGGUGCUACUGGUCCCAGGAAGAAGAUUAAGCUUGUCGGAAGCGCCAAGGGAACUCCGUCCGCGUCGCGGGCCGGAAGUCCGGCUGCUCGUGGUCCAUCACCGCCACCUUCAUCCUCAGGUAUAGAGCAAUGGGAGAUUCUGGAGAAGAUCCCCGACAGCGGCAUCAGCAUCGUGGACCUUAUCAAGCCCUUCCAGUCUCGCGUCGGCACCAAGCCUGGCCAGAUACCCAAGAGCGAGUGGAUCAAACUUGUUACCCGGCUCUGCGAGUACGGCCCGGACAAACUGCUGCGCAAGCGCAAGUAG